GAAUUUUUCGAAAUAACCAUUCCACUGUUUAUUAUCUGAUAACGAAUAAAAAAAGUCGAUAAUAAAAUAUCGCAGUCGCGAAUUUGUACAAAUUAAAUUUUCACACGUAUAAGAGAACGGAUAACAUAGGACCAGUGUCCGCGCCUAGGCAUCUUACAAUACAUUACUAAUCACGAAAAUUUUACGUACGCGUGAACUUCGCUUCGUAAGCAUUGAUGUUUUAUUAGAAUUUGAAUUUACUUACGUAUCAAUGACUAUGUAUCCUAAAAUGUAACAUGAUAAUAUCACAGUGAAAGUGCAACCACACUGCACACGUGACAUAAUUUAUAACGCGAUUUUUCUCAAGGAAUACGUGACGACAUUUAUGUUGCACGGAAAUGUCAAAUUAUUGAUAAACCGAUUAUCAAUAUGCGCCCGAAUAUAAAAUACGAAUUUUUGUAUUUUUAUUAGAUCCCUAAUUAAUAGCAGCUCUGUUAUGUGUGUAUAGGUAUGUGGUUUUGAGUACGCUAAUGGUUUUAGUAUGAAGCUUUUUUCCUCGUUGUUGUCCACAAAAACAAUGUUAGAAGAUUUUACCGUUCAAGCUCACGCCCUAAUCAUGACGUCGAUCGGUGGUCGGAUUUCCGCCAGGAAAACAUGGUUGAAUCGUUAUCUGUGUAUAGACCACCAUAAUGCUAAUGGGAGACAAAAAUAUAGAUAUAAUUUGAUCUAGACAUUCAGUAGCCGUUGCAGAGCACAUGUCAGUCAUCGUCAAAGCGGCCGUAAAAGCUGUCUGUUUUAAUUUAGUCAAAUCUUAAUUCGGCUGAUAUCAAAAGAUUUAUUUAUCGCGCAGUCCUCUGCACCAUCAAACGGUGAUUCGGCUCGCUGAUUCGAAAGUACAAAAUCAUAUAAGUUGCUAGUGUUAAAUAAUUCCUAUUCUCAUCAAUUAAAUCACACCUACAACAAUUAUUCUGAAAUUUCGAAGAUCAUCCUUCGUCACAAGAAUACGUAAAUAAAGUCAUCACAAGAACUUUUAACAUAAUUUUAUAGUGAUUAUCGAUCUCGAAACAAAACGAUGAAGAUCAUACUAAUAUUAGUUCUGUUUGUGUAUUUCACUCAUGGAGAUCAAAGUCUAUCAGCCGAUGAGCACUGCAAACCCGAAAAUCGUGAUUUGAAGUGUCAAUGCAAAAAAAAUGGGAACCUAGAUAUGUUGUACAAUGGAGGUGAUACAAUAUCGUCGCUCUUCAUUUCCGACUGUGAUUCCACAAGUAUCCCGGAAUUUAUGGGAUUAGCACUGCAUCAAAACCUUAAAGCGAUUACAAUCCACAACAUUAAAGAAUCUCUGACCUUCAAUCCAAUUCUACACAACAACGAAAUAACGGCACUUGAAUUUGUAAAUAUCGGACACAUACCAGUUAUCCAGAAUUAUGGCGGACUCGAGGGUUUGAAGAGUUUUCGAGCUGAAAACGUGAGUAUCGGGGAAUUUAAGGAACAAUUAACAUUCGAAGCCAUGGAAUCUUUUACUUUGAUAAACGUAGAGAUCAAGUAUUUGGAAAAUCUCGAAAUCAUGAAUAAGACUGCAAAAAAUCUCAGAAUUCUUAAUUGCAACUUGAUAGUAAAACAAGGGAAUUUGAGAUUUGAAUCUUUUGAAAACAUCGAGAUUGAAAAUACAAAAUUUGAAUUUCGGAUCCCGGGCGAAAUUGCUCUGAAAGGCAAAUCGAUCACACUUUUAAACAACAUUUUUUUUAACGCUACCGUGAACAUAACGGGCGAUAAGAAAAUCGAGGUAAACGAUACAUGCGCAGACGGCAAAAGCUUACUGCGGUUCAAUUCUAACAAUAAAAUUGACAUAAUAAGCUUCAACAAUAAGCUACCGGGCAAUAUUAGCUACAAUCUCUCACCGCUCUGGAAAGCAGACAAGCUAUCAAAUAAUACGAUAUGCAAAGGUGCACACUGCAACUGCCAACGCAACAAUGCUAGAUGUAUUCGCCAACGAUUGACGGUGGUCUCAUAUUUUUUCAUCAUGUUAAUCUGUGUAGUAAAAAUCGAAGAGUGGUUCCAUCUGAAUUUAUAAUAUAUUAUAGUGUGGUAUGUAGACUAAGUACCGCAAGAUUCCAUUGUUGCUACAUGGAAUGAAUUUUCUUUCAAUGUGCAAUAUGGCGUAACAAUCAAAACCAUGUACGAUAAGAAUCAAUUACUUGUCCUCAUCUACAAGCUGCCUAUAUUGGAUAACGGAUGCGAUUUAAAACCCAGAUGUAAAUUCAGAUGUGUGCAACAAUGGAGUUACGUUCGUACGUAAGUAGAUACGUUCAACUAUUUAUUCCUAAUUCGCCUACCGAAAAUAAGAUAGAUAUGAAUACAACGAUUAUUGUCGCCAUUUUUAAACAUUAAUGUUAUCCAAUUUUAAGAUGUAUUUUUUAUUUUACACCUAACGAUAUAUAUAUAUAUAUGCAUACUUACCUGUAACUACUUUAUUCUUAUUACUAUUAUACUGGUUAUUUAUUGCUCAAUUUGUUAGUAUGCAAGCAAGUAUGUAGUGAUUCGUAACACUUUACGUUCUUCACACUAUUAAUUUUAUCUUUUCAAUAAAAUUAUAAAUCCGUAUCUUAUUUAUGUCCUAUUAAAAGAUGAGAUCUGAUUUUUGAAGGAACUCAAGAAGCCGAGAAUUUCUGCUCUUCUCAGUGUAUCUGAGAAUUCACAUUUACGUUCGCUCAUCGUCAAGUUAUAAGCUACUUGUUAUUUUUUCUCAGAUAACACUAUACAUACAAAAUACAUAUAUGAGUUUUCUAGGGUCGAGGAACAUUUAUGUUGAAAUAUAAUUAUUCAUACUUA